AUGGCCACAUCGAACAUUGCCUCAAGUCAGCCUUUGGACACCCAUAUUGACCAUCCCACGACUACCAAUGGCUUCCCCUCUCAAGAGAAGACAUAUACUUAUUACCAUGCCGGUCCGCUCUUCACCCUAGGAGACCUUCACGCUAACGUUCUUCUUUCAAGAGCAAUCACAAAACUCAGCAACGGCAAAUUUGUGCCUUUACUACCCCAAGAUCUCGAACAGCGUGGCGACGUAACACCUCACAAAAUCCGAGACAAGGAUAUCAGGGCUCUACUGUCUUGUGACUUGGCAUUGUUCACCUACGAUGGAGCAGAAUUGGAUUCUGGAACUGUGGUUGAAUACAUGAUCGCAAAGUUCGCUGAUAUCCCCUCGGUAAUCCUUCGAAGUGACUUUCGUGGUGGUGGAGAUCAAGGCAGUCACCCUUCCGGCGAAGCGGAACCAUGGAAUUUGAUGAGCUCUUUUUGGCCUCGCACAAAGGGAGUUGUGAUUGACGGCAUGCUGGAGUAUAAGAAGGCAUUAGCAAGUGCUGCCAACGCAAAACAAGCACAGCACUCGAAUGGUGGCGAUGACUUCGAUGUGAGCAAAGCGGCUGGCGGUAAUAUGGUGGAAAUUACUGCUAGGAGAUGCGUUGAUGCAAUGGAGGAGGUUUUGAAGAUUCCUACGAGGAUGCCCAAGGAGCUGAGAGGGAGUGUGUAUCAAUGGCUGGCGCUGAUGCCUGGUUACGCUGAGAGAGAGGAUGAUAAAGACAUGGAGGUCAUGAAGAAUUUGCUCGAAAAGAAGGAGGGAAAAAGGGUGCUCAAUUGA